AGACGCCAGGAACGCCCCGGGAGUGAGGAGAGGAGAGCGUGGGAGUCACGCGGAGAAGCCAGACCCGGACGCCGACCGGGCACUGGUGGCGCUGCCGGGGUCCCGAGGGUUCCUGGACCCCCUACCCCAGGCCCCUCCAAAGCAACUGGGGUAAACCAGACGCACUGUGAGGCCAGCGCAGCUGCUGGACACGGUCCCCGGCGCCGCUCCAACCAGACCGCGACCGCUAAGCCCCUCCUUUCGAGAAACUCUGGGGCCGCCCCUGGAAGUGGCGGGGCGAAGGGACCGGAGGAGGGACCGGAGGAGCGAGGCGCGCGGCGCAGCGAUGGAGCCGGUCAGCGCGGGCGCGGAGGCCGGCAUGGAGGGCGCGGGAGGUGACCCGUACCGGCGACCUGCGCGGCGCACGCAGUGGCUGCUGAGCGCCCUGGCGCACCACUACGGGCUGGACCGCGGCGUGGAGAACGAGAUCGUGGUGCUGGCCACCGGCCUGGACCAGUACCUGCAGGAGGUCUUCCACCACCUGGACUGCCGCGGCGCCGGCCGCCUGCCCCGCGCCGACUUCCGCGCGCUCUGCGCUGUGCUGGGGCUGCGCGCGGAGGGGGCCACCACGGCCGGGCAGGCAGCAGGUGACGGGAACUCCAGAGAUGUGACCCCCGGGGAUGCGGCCGCUGAGUUGGCCACGGACGGGGACUCAGAUACCGACGAAGAGGCGCGCCUGGCGCUGCGCGCCGAGCCGCCGGAGCUCACCUUCCGCCAGUUCCACGCGCGCCUCUGCGGCUACUUUGGCACCCGUGUGGGGCCCCGGCUGCCCCGCGGCGCUCUCAGCGAGCACAUCGAGACGCAGAUCCGCCUGCGCCGUCCGCGCCGCCGCCGCCGCCCGCCCUGCGCGCCUGGCCCCGACAGCGGUCCUGACUGUGAGCGCGUUGCGCGGCUGGAGGAGGAGAAUAGCAGCUUGCGCGAGUUGGUGGAGGACCUGCGCGCCGCGCUGCAGAGCAGUGAUGCGCGCUGCCUAGCACUGCAGGUCGGACUCUGGAAGAGCCAGGCGAGCACCCACGAGAUGGGGCACGGCGGGCCGGAGGCUGCGGUGCGGGAGCUGCGUCAGGCGCAGGAGCUGCGGCAGGUGCAGGGCGCCCUGGCUGCGGCGGAGGCCCGCGCUGGGCGGCUGCGCCGUGGCCAGGCCGAGGUGCGGCGGCGCGCGGAGGAGGCCCGGCAGGUGGUGCUGCGCAGCCUGCACCGCGUGCGAGAGCUGGAGGCGCUGGCGCAACAGGUGCCCGGCUUGCAGCGCUGGGUGCGGCGGCUGGAGGCGGAGCUGCAACGCUACAGGUCAGAGGAUUCCCAGCUCCCAACCCCGCAGCCAGCCAGCCCAGAGCCAGGAGACAAGAGUAAUGAACCUGAAGAUGCUGGGACCAGAGACCCAGACCCCACUCCAGAGGGAGCCUGGCAGUCAGACAGCAGCUCUGGAAGCAGAGCCCUGGAUGAAGCAGUGGACGAGCAGCUGUUCCGCUCCGUGGAGGGCCAGGCCGCCUCUGACGAGGAGGAGGUGGAGGAGGAGAGGUGGCAGGAGGAGAAGACGACGCCGGCAGCGGAGGCCAAGACACUGCUGGCCCGGCUCUCCAGCUGCAGAGGCAGGUGUGAUGACCAGACGGCGGAGAAGCUCAUGACUUACUUUGGUCACUUCGGCGGUGCCGACCAUGCCCAUACCCUGGGGGAGCUGGAGGCCUGCAUUGCCAUGCUGGUGGAGCAGCUGAGGACUCAGGGCUGCGGUGGGAGGACCCUGGGGACCUCUGGGGAGGAGGCAGAGUUGCAGCAGAAGGUGGAAGAGAAUGAGCACCUGAGGCUGGAGCUGCAGAUGGUAGAGACCGAGAGGGUGCGGCUGUCCCUGCUGGAGGAGAAGCUGGUGGACGUGCUGCAGCUCCUGCAGAGGCUCCGGGACCUGAACAUAUCGAAAAGAGCCCUGGGGAAGAUUUUGCUGAGCACGCUGGACGCUUUCAGGGACCCCACCCACGAGGGAAGGCCCAGCCCUGCAGCCAUCCUGGAUGCCCUGCACCAAGCCUUGGCUGCCUGCCAGCUGUUGCGGAGACAGCCCUCGGCACCAGCCUCUGCAGCAGCUGCGCUCACCAACCCCCUCCUCGUCUCCUGCUGAGGUUACUGGCCCACCCUGUGGGCACCCUGCUCAGCCUGACUGCCUUUGGACCAGCCUCCAUGAUCAGCCCAACCACUGACAGCUGGUCUGACCACCGUCACAUCAUCAGAACUUGAGUCUCUGCUGGCUCCUUCCAAGGUUUAGCCCGAGCCCAGAGCCUCCCAUUGCAGCACCUGGCAGCCACCCCUUCCUUGGGCUCCUCCACAUUACCUCGCAGCCCCUGCAUUCCUGCCACCAGAGUCCACAUUAAAGCCCUGCAGUUGCUGGA